CUAUGGGAAUAUACAUAUAAAGAUCGUUAUCGCAGAAUAAGCAUGAUUGCAUCACUGCUUAACUUCACUACAGGGGUUUUAUAGCAUUUGUACUAGAUGUCCAGUCAGAGCGCUUCGCAACCGACAGAUCGUCUACUUGGCGAUUUUCUGGCAAAUCGUCAGAAUACCGGACUCUACGAUUCGACCAGCUUAAGAAAAAGCCGCGUGGAGAUUAAUGAUGAGUUUCUGCACGGCGAAUCCGACAGCUCUGCUGCUAUCCGCACAGAUUAUUUUGGCGAGACCAUUCGCAACGUCAACAAGAGAUCGUACACUUUCCUUGUAUUGAUGUUAAUCGAGUUGCUGGCUUUGUUGACAAUGUCUCUUUACCAUGUCUGGGAUGAUUUUCCGGUGACCAGCAAGACACGAUCUGACUUUGUCUACUCUCUGGUCCUUGCCCUCAAUAUUUUAUUUUGCAUGUACUAUGUCAUCCAUGGAGUGCUGAAGGAGAGGUCGAUAGAACUAUUUACCUUUUUAGCAGGUAGUUUGAUUCUGACAGCGUACGUCAUUUACGAGUUUGUCAUCUACAAUGGAGAUCGAGAACUGGAAAAUCGAAAAUGGAGAAUGAUAGUGUGUUGCCUUUGCGAGCCUUUCAACAUCAUUGGGGCUAUGUAUGUGGCAAGGGGCUUCGGGUGGGUGAAUUUUAUCAUCAUCGGUGCUGAUAUGGAACUCGGAGCCGUCUUCGAUACUCUAUGCACGUACUUCGCCAUGUUCAAAAUAAAUCUGCAAAUGGCGCUAAGUCUGAUAGCUCUGAGCUUCUUCAGUCAGGAUAUGGCCUUCGACUACGAAUGGGCGAUAGAAGCUGUUGCUUUCAGCUGUUUACUCCUCAACAGUGUGAUAUCACACUACAUGUUCUCCCGUGAGAUCAGCAUGCUCAGAUGGUACGUAUUGACAUCGUUGGCACAGCCGUUGUAUAUCACUUGGAAGCUAUUGGAGGUGUCAACCGUAUACCCAGAAUCUUAUCACUCCUACGUCAGAUUACCGGUUCUGAUAGCAGGUUUUACCGCCUUGAUGACAUACUUUCUCACUGUCGUGUGGGCACAUAAGGCGCGCAAUGGAUUUGGGAAAGGUCUGCGCCUCCGAAACAUUGGUUCAUGAUUCUAAUCUCCAGAGAUAAGGUGACGAAGGAGGGAGAUAAAUCGAGCGUAAUAUGCUCUAAUACCAUCUAUACGCGCUGACAAACUACAAAUGUUCGUAGCCACAAGGAUAUAUAGUGUAUGGAAACCGGAAUUGAGAGUGAUGGAUCCAAACUGAUAUGCACCGAUGUUGAAGAAUAUCUGUACCGUUUUUUCAAAACAAUUGUGGGCUGUAGAUAACUCCGCCCGCACAUAUUACCGGGAAGUUUGUAGAAUAACAAGACGUCAUAUUGGGAACGCCUGUAUUCCUCUGACACGCCUGAAUAACACAGGGCAAAAAUUGUUUACUCAAGUCAACUACAAUACCCCUAUAUAUGCAUGGUGCAUGAGGGACGCUUAUUGUAUCAAAGGCUUCUCACAAGGGACGUUUGUCCGGAACGGCAAUAAUACCCGAAUUAUAUACUUAGAAUGAAAGCCACUAUGUCCAUAUUGAGGGCAGGAAUGAUCAUGAUGAGAAAUAGGUCGUGGACCGGAUAGGUGCGAUAAUCCGAGGUUAUACUGCAAACGGUACCCUCUAAUAGUAGCCCGGCAUAUGCUUCUCACCUGCUGUCGCUGAGGAUCAAAGCGCACUGUUCUAUACAAUUAGUUGUGACAAUUGCAAUAACGGGAACGUGCUGGGUAUUCUGUAACUCUGACUCCAAUAGUGAGCAUUAGCGGACUACUGCCCUUCCAUCGCCCAAUUCUAUGAUACAAGCCUACUUCAUACUAUUGAUUACUAUUCGGAACAUUCGUAUAUAUAAACGAAUUGAGAGUCACGAUUUUCUACUCGAUUUCGAUUUUCACUCUGCUUUAUGCUAGUUCAUUUGUUGUCGAACAAGAGCAGGUAUUUAGGUAGCUUACAAGGGAUCAACAGAAAUUAUAUGCAUUCAGCGGGUGGGCUGUUGCGUUGGUACUUUAGGGUUUUAUUGGUUCGACUCGAUCUGUUGGUUUGAAAAAUUCGGCAUUCAAGAACU